UCUGGAAUUGCCACAUCUGAUUUAACCUUAAUUUAUUCUAAGCCUGUUCCUACUUUAGACACCUUUAUGAACAAUAAAAAAGAAGAGAGAAAGUCGCACUUCAAAAAAAAGAGCAAGAAGACUAAGAGGAUGACUGAGAAAGAAGACCCACCUGUAACCGUCAACAUUGGCAUCAUGCGAUAUAUUGAAGAGGAAAAUAUGCUCAAGCCCCAACGAGGCAAAUCUCUUCCUGUAAGAAUUGGUAGAACAGCGGAUGGGGAGGAGCUAUUAAAGUUAGCAGUAGCAAAGCACUCGAAGCAUAAUGCUAAUGAAAUUACUCAUAGCUCUCCUUUGGCCUACAAAUUGCUGUACCCAGACGGGAUAGAAGUAAAUAAACUUAGAGAAUCCGACCAAGCAUUCAGCUGACAAGAAUAUAAAGCUGAACUGGGUAAACCGUACAACAGGAUAACAUUUUAUAUUUGUUCUUCAUCAGAUUACUAUGAUCAUAGUUUCAAAGGUUUUGCUGACACAAUUUCUGAUGAUGGAGACGACAAGAAUGACAGUGACAAGGAUUCUGAAGACCUAAGUGAACCAACACAAACAAAAAUAACCAAGUACACUGACACUGGCUUUGCUAAGACAACCACCACUGUUAAAGGAUCAGAUGCAAACUCUGUUUCUGUUAAACCUGGUUCUUAUAUUGCAACUAGCCUAUCUGAUCCUUUCACAACAAGUGAUAUACCCACCUCUCUUCUUGGUAGUUCAUCUUCUGGUUCAUGUACUACUACAGCAUGUAACAGUU